AUUAAAAACUAUAUUUUAUAUCAAGGAAGUGAACGCGCGACGUUCUUCGGUCUAACCAAAAUCGUCCCAAAGCACGUGUGCUGUCAACAUCAGAUUUGUUUUUGUUGACACUUUAGAAAUGGAGUCCCCUGACGAAUCAUCUGAUAGCGAAAUGGAAGAUCUAGUUGCCAAAGCUGUUGACAAAAUCACAUGUAACAAGAAAAAAUCUGGAAGCGUAUCAAAGUGUGACAGUUCAGAAAAGACCGUGAAACCGGCUAAUAAUGAUCGGAUCACUUUAUCUUCAAAAAUUCACAGCAGUGUAAAUUUAUAUGAUAACUAUUUAAAGAAACCAACACAAUCGACAGUCAAGAAGACAAAGGAAUCAACUAUUCAAAAUUUGAUAAAAGGAUCAGACAAAGACAGUGAAAUAAUGAAAAAGAGUGUUCUUCAGCCGGAUAUUGAAAAGAAAUAUGCAUUACCGCCAUAUCAGGAAAGUCUUCAAACACUCAAGAAACAGAGAAAGAAAGAUAAAGAGAUGACUAAAGGUAAAGGUUGGUUCAACAUGACAGCGCCCGAGAUGACAGAGGAAACAAAGAAUGAUCUGACUGUUCUUCAAAUGAGACGAGCUCUGGACCCGAAAAGAUUUUACAAGAGUAAUGACAUUAAGACUCUCCCCAAAUUCUUCCAGUUUGGAAAAGUUAUUGAGAACUCGGCAGAUUUCUACCAUUCUAGAGUUCCAAAGAAACAAAGAAAAUCUACCAUGGUCGACGAGUUAUUGGCUGAUGCAGAAUUCAGAACGUACAACAAGAGAAAGUAUGUGGAAAUACAGGAAGCCAAGCGGAAAGGAGCAGGGCCAUACAAACACAUGAAAAGACUCAAGAACAGAAAAAGAUGAUGUUACUUAUAUAGCACUGAUUGAAUGAAUAUGUUGUUAAAUAAAGUUGUUGAAAUGGUAAUAAU